AUGUCUAUGCGAAUCGUCCAAUCUACAAAGAAAAUACUCGAUAUGUCUCAUCCUAGUUAGACUGUGCUAAAUGGCCAAAGACCUAGUAUGUCUCUGAUGCCAAAAGCAAAGGUUGUGAUAGGAUUGAAUUCCAAACAAGAUAAGAAAACAAAUAAAAUUGUUAUCAAAUUGGAAGAUCACAUCAACAAAUCGAUUGUUGAAUAGAGCAAUCCUGUAUAAUGUCCACAAGUCUAAAAUAUUAAAUAAGAACAAUUAGAAAAUAAAGAAACCAAAAUUUCGAUGGAAAUCACUCAUACUCAUUUCGAACUUAAAGUACCCAAGAUUAUUGUACCAAAAUCCCUUGAGAUUCCAAAAAUCCUAUUACCUUCGUAAAUAAAAAUUGAAUAAGAAGAUAAAUUAAUGACUUAUAAUUAAACCAAUUUGCUGAAGUAAUAAUUGAUUUAAAUUAAAAAAUGCAAUGAACCUAUUCAAUUACUCUUGCAAGAGAAUGAUAAACGGAAAAAGUAUUACUCGAGAGCAUAAAGAGAGAAGGAGGAUGUGAUUCAUUGGGGUUAAAGGAAAUUACUUAUUAGUGAGAUUUGGUUUUUGACAAAGUAUGGUUGUUUAUCUAGGAAUAUUAUCUAUGCAGGAGCAGCUCCAGGAUUUCACAUCUAAUUCUUAUCGGAUUUAUUUUAAAACCACAAAUUUUAUUUAUUUGAUCCAAACGACUUUUAAGUUAAAUAGGGACCAAAGAUUACUAUCUACUAACGUUGUUUCACUAACGAAGAAGCCUAAAAAUUUAAGGAAUUGUUUUAGAAUGAUUAUCUAUUCAUUUCAGACAUUCGAACUGCCAACUUUAAAUGCAUGACCCCUAUGGAAAAUGAGUAAGCAGUACUAAGAGACAAUCAAUUACAAAUGGAAUGGGUUAAAAUCCUCAAACCUUAAAAAGCCAUGUUGAAAUUUCGAUGUGCUUACCCCACUGAAAUCAAUGAGCCAACUGAAUUCUUUUAAGGCGAAAUCUACAUCCAAGCAUGGGCACCAGCAUCAUCCACAGAAACCAGAUUGGUACCUUACGAUUAUGUCAAUACCAUACCCUACGACAAUGUCAAAUAUGAGGAGCAAAUGUUCUAUCAUAAUGACGUUGUGAGAAAGAAGUAGAAGGGUGCAUUAAGUUGGGAUGACAGAGCAGAAACCGAAGUGUUAAUUGAGUACUUACGUAAUUCAGGUAUCGAUGAAAACCAGAUAAUUAAAUAAGUAAACUUAAUCAAAGAUUAAAUUACAAAAAAAUUGAAUUAUUAAUGA